AAAACACAGCUUGUGAUCCCCAAUGAUUUGCCAACUUUGGAGCGGAGAGACGGCAGCAAACCCGUAUCAAAAAUAGGCAGACGUCUAUGGACUCAACCGAAGCUCCUCAAUUUGUCUCCAGUUUUGCUCGCGCGCGCCUCCCUUUCCGCCAUUACAAUCUUUGUUUCCGGGAGGGGAGGGGAGGGGAGGGGAGGGAAGGUUCCGUCCAGCGCAGGCCGCACGGACAGAGAGCGCGAGGAACAGGGGGCUAGCUAGCAGAGCUAAUAAGAAAGAAACGAGAAGCAGCAGGGUUGGUGGUCAAGCAUGGAACGCAGGAGGAGCCGGCACGCCUUGUUGCUCCUCUCAGCCGUCAUGGCGUCCCUCGUCGCCGGCUCGACCGCCGGGAUAUACCACAUCGUCGGCGCCGGCAAAGGGUGGCGGAUGCCCCCCAACAGGACGUACUACGAGGACUGGGCGCACACCAGGCAGAUCAGCAUAGGCGACAAGCUGAUGUUCCUGUACCGGAGCGGGGUGCACAACAUCGUGGAGGUGCCGACGCGGGAGCUGUUCGACGCGUGCAGCAUGCGCAACAUCACCAGCCGGUACCAGUGCGGGCCCACCAUCAUCGAGCUCACCGACCCCGGCGAGCGCUUCUACUUCUGCGGCGUCGGCGAGCACUGCGAGGCCGGCCAGAAGCUCGCCAUCAACGUGCUCCUCGUCCCGCCGCCGCCGCCGGACACGGACGACGACAGCUCCGGCGCCGCCCGCCUCCUGGGCCGCGCGGGCGCGGGGCUCGCCGCCGCCUGCCUGUGCCUCGUGUCCGCGCUGCUGACAAUGGCGGUGUGAAUCGGCACGCCGCCGCCGUAGAUUGUCGAUCGCCGACGGCGAUGCUUGCUGCUGCAUGCAUGUGUAUCCCUUUCGAGCUGAUUGUUGGUCAGGUGUCAGGACAACGCUUCCAGUUUCGUGGCGAGUGAAAUCAGUAAAGUUAAGGCUUGUCCAUUGAGUCAUUGUCUUUCCCAGCUCAUGGAAAGCGGUGUGCCGGUGUCCAGGUAACCGUUUUGUCAGCAGGAAGGAGGAUAGGAGGAAGAACAGAGUGAAAUCAGAAGUAAAAAAAAAGAGGUGAGUGAAAUCCUUUUGUAAAUUCAGAACUACUAGGUACUGUAAUUUAUAUGAACCACAAAAAAGACAAGCAUUUACUGUAAAUCGUGAAUUGAUCAGUGCGAAUUUUGUGGAUGUAGAUGGCCUGUUUUCACUAGGAACUGCGAAGAUAUUGCACAUUCACCUUUGGUAAUAGUAAUACUCCCACGUCAUUCCCGCUCCACGAUAAAUCAACUUUAAAAUGCCGAAUGUAUACUCUAUAUUCUAUCAUUUGUAGUGGCUAGGGUUGCAAGUUGAGGUAGGAUUGCAUUGGGAUACUUUACUAUAAUUUUUAUUAGACGAGAGAGAAUAAAAAAAGAACAAGAUACAAAACACCCAAGUACCCAACCAAAAGCAACUGCAUUGAGAGUGCACGGUUCAGGGUCAUGCGACCUUGGCGCAUUCUGGAUACAGGAGACGGCCUCUCGACCUGCACUUUGUGCAUGGAACCAGAUUCUGGGCACAGGAGCAUCAGUUGUGUAUUUUCUGAACUUAAAACUCUUCUUCCCCCAGAUAAAAGAUAUGGAUGGAACCAAAACAUGCUAGACCAAACUGGGAACAUGUACUGUGCAAGCUUGCUACAUUUUCUCUGGAAAUUGGUUCACCCUUUUGGGCUCUUUUUUUCUUCUUCUAAUUCCCCAACUAUUCUGUUAUAAACCAUGUUUAGGGAUGAAAACAAUUUCGGAAUUUUUCGGCAUUCCGGAAACCGAUUUUAAAAAUUUUCGAUCGGAUUCACCGGUAACGGUAUUUUUCGAAAACGGAAUCGGUUUUCGGAAUUUUCUA